UAUAUACCACAUCAUUGCCUUCAACGCUGUCCCCGCGCUCUCCCCCUCGUCCAGCUUCAAGCUGAGUUCUUGCAGCGCAGACCAAGAGUAUUGCUGUGAGAGUUCUCACGAGCGUCGCGACCACCAACGGGCGCCAGCACCGCGCGAACCGACGACCAAGACGGCGCAUAUUGGCUUGUCUGGGGGCCAGUAUACAUACCGGAUAUCAGGUGUUACGUGUUUCCAUUGUCGAGGGUCUGCGUAGUUGUCGCCACAGACCUGCAGGAGACCUCCGUCGGUGUGACAGCGCGAUCACAUCGCCAUCGCGCACAUCCCACGUCAGCGCAAUGGACAAAACCGAGUCAAUGACAGCUGCGUCAACGUCCGAGGACUCCUCUCGUGGUCCUUCGAUCCCGCGGCUUCCUGUGGAGGUCUGUGAACGGAUCAUCGACUACAUAGCUGCGGGAUGCAAUACGGGUUAUAUCCGUACAAAGGGCGAGCCACAUCUGAUCACUCUCACAUCCUGCGCGCUCGUAUGCCAAGACUGGUACUCCCUGACGUGGUACCAUCUGCGUCAAUGCAUCUAUCUACGAGACCGGAAGGACGUCCUCUCGCUCUCCAAGACACUCCGCGCAAAACCUCGCCUCCGUGAGGUCAUUCAACAGGUCGUUAUUUCGAGUGCUUCUCCCGGGGAGCGUCAACCGAUCCGGCACCUGGGUAUGUUUGCUGUUAUGCUCGCGGGCAAGGCCCCGAGGUUGUCGCGGAUCACCAUUGAAAAUGCUGAGUGGACCAUGGGCUCGGUCCGAAUGGAGGACAUCGGCUUCCUAGGGGUGUUCAGCUACAUCGACGCUCUAGACAUCUACAAUGUCACCUUGUCGAGCGCCGCCCAGCUGUCCCGCCUCGUUUCAGCACUCCCGUGGCUUAGGAAAUUAUGGUGCUUCAAUGUUGACUGCUUGCAGAAACAGCACGUCUCCCCGGCCUCCCUUCCACUGAACUGUGCAAAUCUGGAGCAUCUCCAAGUGCGAUGGGCUGCACCAGCAGUCGAAGACCUCUUCGUGCAGAUCAGCCGGGCUUCUCAAGUGCGCUUUGUCGAUCUUGGAGUGGACGGCGAGUUGGAACCAUCCUCGGCAGUCAGCAGAACCCAGACUUUGCUGGAUGCGAGUUCCACAUCUGCAGAAACGGUUGUGCUCCAUAUCGAUCACAGUUCUCCUGUUCGUGAUGGUGCAAUUGAUGCCACAGUCGGAAAGUUUUCUUUGUUCUCUCUGGAGCCGCUUUGCUGA